AUGGGGUGCUUUCCUCGCAUACUGCGAGCACAUUAUCACCCGAAAGGAGGCCGCGGAGAGAGAAAGGGACGCAACACCCACCCUGGAUAUCCACCGCCGUUGACUAGGGCGCAGGAAGCUGGCCUACGCGCGCAACCUUCCCCCCUGAUAGUGAAACAUGGCAUGGGGGUGUCUGUCGCUCAAUAUGGGGCUCGUGACGUGUGGGUACCAAUUGCACGGGCACAGCUCUAUGUAGUAGAGAGGAGGCCCAAAAAGGCCAUAGUCGCGGAAGAUUGCGUCCACUUGUUCCCGAGUCCCCGGCCGAAGCGACAGAGACAGGUGCAACGCGGGUUUUUUAAUGGUUACCCGUUCUUAUUGGGACUCUCACAUACCCCCCUCCCACUACCCCGAUCAAGUGGCAGGGGAUACAUAAAAAAAGGCACCUCGAGCGCCCUGCCACCUCAAGUCCGGCGGAUCUGUAAAAGCCCCUACAGCGUGCGGAAGCUCUACACGAAUUUA